AGGGAGAGAGAGAGCAUGAGAGAGAGAGAGAGCAUGAGAGAGAGGGAAGUAGGGAGAGUGGAUAAGCGAGUAGAGAGAGAGCGAGAGAGAGAGAGGACUAGAUCCAGCUCUCCUUGCUGUAGCAUUUCCUUCUUGACCUGGAAUCCUAGAGAAGUGAGAGAGCAGAGCUUGUCCAUGGUGAUGGAAUUCAUUCUGUAGCAGGGCAGCUGAACAGGAGUAGCAUUAAGAAGAGGUAUUCAGAGGACAUUCACAUACAGAAGGGCAGACUGAGUCACUCCUGUAGGAUUACCUUAAGCACAACUCCAAACAUAACCCUGGGGACCAGAAAGAACAGAUAGAGGAUGAGGUCCAAGAGCAGUGGGGUGGAGAGCCCAGCCAAUGGGGUACUCGGGGUUCCCCAGGCAGCACAAGACAUCAACCAGGAAGAGGGUGUAAAUCUGCAUACACCCAUAAAGAGUCUGAAGGUCAAAGUUCAACCAAACAUUGAGGAGUUGGUGGAGGAGGUGGUGGUGGUCUCUGACAUAGAGAAGUCAACCGAGGACAGCUUAGGUACUAGUGACAAAAGACUGGGAAUCAUGGACCUUACGAAAAAGGACCUUCUGCGGCUGCUAGGGGUCAUGGAAGGUGAGGUUCAGGCGAGGGAGGAUGUUAUCUGUGUGCUGAAGACUGAGAGGACACGUCUGGAAGCUCUGAAGUCCCACUAUGGUUCUGCAGCUCCUACCACAGCCCUCCAGGCCCUACAGAGAGACAGCCUUCUCACCAACACACAAACACACAUUGACAAUGUCUACCAGUGGCCAAUGGCUGAGCUGGACCGUCUGCAGGAUAAACACAAGGACACGUAUCGGCGCAUGCUAGAACAGCUUCUAUUGACUGAGAAGUGUCAUCGCCGCACCGUGCACGAGCUGGACAGCGAGAAGCACAAGCAUGCUGACUACAUGAACAAGAGUGACGAAUUCACUAACCUAUUGGAGCAGGAGAGAGAGAGAUUGAAGAGGUUGCUGGAGAAUGAGAAAGCCUACCAGGUCCGUAAAGAGAAGGAGAACACCAAGCGUCUGGAGAAGGUGAGGGAGGAGCUGGUCAAACUGAAGUCCUUUGCCCUGAUGCUGGUGGACGAGCGGCAACUCCACCUGGAGCAGAUGGACCAGCAGAGCCAGAGCGUCCAGGAGCUGACCCAGCAGCUGUCCCAGAGGGAGCAGGACCUGAGCAACGCCAGUGCCCAGGCCCAGGAGGACAGACAGAGGGCCCUGAGCUUGGAGGGCGAGCUGAGUGAGUGCCAGGCCAUGUUUACCCAGGAGCAGGAGGAGAUUACAGCUAAGCUGGCCAGCCAGGAGUCCCAGAACCGCCUGUUGGAUGUCAAGCUGUCUGGACUCACCCACACGCUGGAGGAGCUGGAGGAGAACAACAGGGCUCUGAGGAGGUCAGAGGAGGAGCGCAAUGGGGCUCUGAAGAGGUCAGAGGACAAGCUGGAAGAGAGCAACAGGGCUCUGAGGAGGUCAAAGGAGGAGCUGGAGGAGAGCAAAUGGGCUCUGGGGAGGUCAAAGGAGGAGCUGGAGGAGAGCAACGGGGCUCUGAGGACGUCAAAGGAGGAGCUGGACGAGCUGAGGGACAAGAUCAGCAAAGGGUAUUGUGGGAACUCUAACCUAAUGACUGAACUGGAGAACCUCCGCAAACGGGUAUUUGAGAUGGAAGGGCAGGACGAGGAGAUCACCAAGGCAGAGGCCCAGUGCAGGGAGCUGAGGAAGAGGUUGCAGGAGGAAGAGAGCCGAGGGAAAGAACUCAAACUGCAAGUGGAGAAGCUCCAGAGGAGAAUGGUGGAACUGGAGAGACUAGAGGGGGCGUUCAAUGCCAGCAAGGCGGAGAGCUUCCAGUUACACGCCACUCUGGAGAGAGAGAAGGACGUGUCAAAGGAGCUUGCCGACGAACUGGUGGCCGUUAAGAUACGCAUGAAAGAGAUGGAAUCCUCUGAGCUGAGACUGGAAAAGACUGAGCAGGGCCUUAAAGAUGACCUGGCAAAGCUGAAAUCAUUCACUAUGGUAAUGGUUGAUGAGAAAAAUAAUAUGAUGGAGAGAAUGCUGUUAGAGGAAAAGAAGAGGGAUGAUCUGAGUAAGAUGCUCAAAGUGGAGCAGGUCAAGGUCAUGGAGGUGACUGAGAGAUUGAUAGAGGAGAGUAAAAAGCUCCUGAAGUUGAAAUCAGAGAUGGAGGCCAAGGUUGGGACCCUCACCAGAGAGAAAGGAGAGCUUAGCACUAAGCUCACAUGUGAAAUGGAAAAGAGCAAGGAUCUGAGCUCUAAAGUCAUCCAAAUGAACAAGAGGUCAGAUGGAUUGCAGGAGGCAGUAAAUAUAUCCACAAAUAACAUAGCAAAGAGGGAACUGGGAAGCUUGUCAGAUGGGAGUUCGAAAGAGGACAACAGGGUGAAGGAGCUAACGUUUGAAAUAGAGCGGUUGAAAAACCGUCUCAAGCAGCUGGAGGUUGUGGAGGGAGAUUUGAUAAAGACAGAGGAUCAGUAUGACCUGCUGGAGAAAAAGUUAAUGACGGAGCAAGACAAGGCCAACAUUCUCUCCCAGCAGGUGGAGGAGAUGAGGAGUCAGAUCGCCAGGACUAAAGCAAUAGAGAAUGGAGAAGUGGAGAGCCAGGAGGCAGACCUACGACAGCGCUGCAGGACAGAGAACGCCAACACCAGACACUUGCAGAAUGACAUGGUAGCCCUCAAGGAGAAGAUCCAUGAGCUGAUGCACAAAGAAGACCAGCUCUCUCAACUCCAAGUGGACUACUCCUUCCUCCAGCAGAGGUUCCUAGAGGAAGAGGAGAAGAAGAACAACAUGAGCAUUGAGGUCCUCCACCUCACCAAAGAGCUGGAGGUGACCAAGCGCCACAGCCGCGCUCUACGACCCAGUCUGAACGGGAGGAGGAUGGUGGACAUUGCCAUGGCGUCCACAGGAGUUCAGACUGAUGCGCUGGCCAAUGAGACGGCAGAAGAGGACACCCCAGCCGUGUUCAUCAGGAAGUCCGUCCAGGAAGAGAAUCACAUCAUGAGUAAUCUUCGACAGAAGGGUCUCAAGAAACCCACAGAGAAAGCUGGUGGUCAUGAACGCUACUCACCCUCUGUUGCCGCUGACCUCAGCAUGAAGAAGUCCUGGAUUCCCUGGAUGAGGAAGAGGGAAAUCAUCCCUCAGGGUGGUAAUCUGGACAAGUCUGUCCAUGUCAACAGUGAAUCCAUGCAUUCUGAUCUGGCCAUGUCCCAGAAGCAAGGGCAGCCUUUACGCAUCAGAGUGACCCCAGACCACGAGAACAGCACGGCUACCUUGGAGAUCAGCAGUCGUUCUACUGAGGACCUCUAUUCCAGCUCCAGCCUCAGCCUCAGUCCCACCCUGCAGGGCCACCAGAAGCCUCGGAUCACUAUCAUUCCCACCCACACCGCCGCAGCUUCAAGGGGAAAAGCCAGUGCCGGGCCAGGGGGACCAGAGAGGUCCAAGUCCCCGGUCACCGUCACCACCAUCUCCAGGGCCAAGUCACCAGAGAUCAGUAAGGCCCCCUCCUCAUCAGGCAGACCCAUAUCACCCAUAUCCAUCAUGACAGUUAGCGCUUCUAUGGUGUCCAACAUGUCCACCUCCCCAGAGCCCCAGGAGAUGACCAUGGGCCGGGCCGUGUUCAAGGUGACCCCUGAGAAACAGAUGGUCCCCACACCGAUCAGGAAGUACAAUUCCAAUGCCAGUAUCAUCACCACCACAGAGGACAACAAGAUUCACAUCCACCUGCACGGCUCCCAGUUCAAUAAGGGCCCCUCGGAGGGUCACAGCAACACAGGACCCAAGGUGGUGGUUAGGCCUGUCGGCAUGGCAACAGAGUGUAGCAGAGAGAUGAUGUUAUCCACAGGCACGGUGUUGCGCUCCCCUCGCCAUAGUGCCACUGCUGUCAAACCCACACCCAGUAAAGUGAUGAGCAGCAUCACCAUCACUGCAGUCACGUCCACCCCUGCCAGACCAACACAAGCUGUGCCUGGGCAUGAUGCCCACCCACCCCGGGCAGGGCUCACCCGUAUCCCCAUGUCCAAGGGCCUGAAGACAGGCAAAGCCAUGCUGGGAGCCCUGGGGAUGUCUGGAGGAAUGAGGCUGGAGCAGAGAGCAGAAAGCCAGUCCAUGAGGAUAGAGCUGAAGAAAUCCACAAUCAGCAGCACAACAGCCUUUCAAAAUGGAGGGAAAAGCUGUUAGAGCCAGAGACACUAACAGGGAACAGAAGUCAAACAAGCUGCCAACCCAUAGUGAUGUUCUAUGGGUCAAAGGUGCUCAGUAUAGAGGCACCAUUAAAUGACCUGGAGACAGAGAGCGAGGGGGGAUUUUCAGUCAAGGGAAAGUCGUUUGGCUCCUCUCUAUUGAGCAGGAGCCUGAGUUGAUCAUUGUGUUCUUGUCUAACUGAAAACAGUACACAUAUCUAAUAUAUUAUAUUUUUUGAAACUAUUUAUAUUCUGUUCUCAGUGUUUGUAAUGUGGAUGAAAUCAACUGAACUGCGUUGUUUGAUAACCGCUGACAUGUGUGCAUGUUGUAAGGGGAGAGGCCAUGCCGUGUGUAUUGUCAGGUAGUUCUGCUAUUAACUGCUUCAUGUACUCGUUUCACCUAGUGAGCUUUUCAUUAUGCAUUUUUGUACUGCAUUUAAUAUGGAGACCAUAUCAUUUGGUUUGCAGCAAAUUAAAUGUGUCCUUUUUAUGUAAAGGUUUUUAAAUAACAUUUUUUUUUUGAAAGAUGACCUACAGAAUAUUGUUAUGAGAAUACAUGCAACAUUGAGUGGACAAUGUUAAUGUUCUCUAACAUUAUUUUGGAUGCAUUAUUUGGGCAAGGCAUCAGUUGAACCAGACUCACUAUAGUAAUUCAUUCAUCUCACAUUCAUUUACUGACUAGGCAGUGUUUAUAUUGACUUGCUGUGUGUUAUGAAAUUGGAAAAUAUAUACAUUUUAAAAUAUAUCAAAACAAAUGGCCGUAUACAUCAAUGCUUCUGCUGUGAUACACUAGAGAGCCAAAUUGUCACAGUCAUCUUUCAGUUGUGGAGCGCUCACUUGCCAUAGAGCAAUUAAAAUCAACUCGUUUAACAAGCUGCCUGUGUCUACAAUCACCAAACAUGUGCCCUCUGAAUGAAAGAAUAAGAUAAUAAGAUUGUUUCUAAUUUGCUCAAUCGACCAAUGAGAGAAUCAAACCAGUGUCAUUAGAUGGGUUUGUUGUGAGUCAAAGGUUAACUAGCCUGAAACCCCCUAUGGGAAAUGUAUGUAUAGAAAUAUAGGAAUUCAAAAUGCGUCAGAAUAUAUUUUGUAAUGUCUAUGCCAUAA